CGAAGACGAUCGCGACGUUUUCAGACCACUUGCUGUCUGUACUCUGUUUGACCAUUACAUCAAUACGUACUUACAAGUUCUACUUCAAGACUACGGAUACGACAAUAUUAUUUUACUUUAUUAACUAUGCAGACAUCGACGUCCGUGCUCGUGUGCUUAUUGCUGUUUGUGACUCGAUCCAUUUCGGGACACGUGGUCGAUGAACAUCGUGCGGAAGUCUACGGUGACGAUGGUGCUGACCAGAAAGAGGGAAAACUGCGAGAUAUAAAACCGGAGUCGGUGUUAAUGGGCCUCGCCAAGACGUUAAUCGGCGGCAAAACGGGAGCAGCCAGUGGUCAAUCGCUGAGCUUGAACAUGUCAAACUUAGUACUGAUGUUGGUGCUCAGGGGUCUGAUAUGGGGCGUGUCGUACAUGCAAAACGGAGGUGGCGUCAAAGAAGCACGAAACGAGGACUCGACCACGGUCGGCGGACUGUUCCAGGACAUGGUAACCGAAACUGAUGUGAUGUUGUUUCUCGGAUAUCUGGUGGCUGACGAGUCGGGCCGAUACGAAUGUCUGAACCGCGUGGCGUGCGAACAACCGGAGCGGGCGGAGAGUUAUUUCAAGACCGCCGAAAUGGUCUGGAAAACGGCUAAAAUGUUUGACGAUGUGAUACCGCUGGACUCGAAGUACGAGAAAACGUUGACCAGGUUGCAAGAAGCCAUCGAGAACGGAAUGGCGGAUGGAGAUUGUGAGUCGAAAUAUAAAUGCUUCGGACCGACUAAUUCCGACACCUUUAAAUUUUAGUUGAAUGAAGUUUAAUUACAGUCAUAUUUUCUUAUAAGGCAUUUAAGUUUCAAAUAUAAUUGUUUGUGGAAUUAAGUCUGAUCGACAAUGACGAACAUACCGAUGAGCGCAAUCUUUUAGGUUAUUUUACAUAGUUGGUAAAUUUGUAAUGACCAAUCGACAUUGUUUCAAAUAUUUUGUGAUAUAAACAUAUUUUUUAUAUUUUAAGAUUAACCGACAAAAACAA